AUGGAGCUGGAGCUGGGGCUUGCGCCACCCAACCACGCCGGCCAGUCGGCGGGCUCGUGCGGGAAGAGGGGCUCGGCGCCGGCGGGGGCGUUCGGGGUCACCAAGACCACGCUGCCACACUUCCCGCGCGACGACGACGGCGACGACAGCUGGGAAGACGGCACUGGCGGCGCCCUCGAUUGGCGAACGAGCAACAAGAGGAAGAGGCUGGUGGGCUGGCCGCCGGUGAAGAGCGCUUACCGCCCGCGCAGCCGCGGCAACGGACACGUGAAGGUGAAGAUGGAAGGGGUGCCCAUCGGGAGGAAGGUGGACCUGUCCCGCCACGCCUCCUACCACCAGCUCCACCACACGCUCCGCCUCAUGUUCCCCUCCUCCGCUUCUCACCAUGGUGAUCCAUACGCCGUCGCCUACGAGGACGGGGACGGGGACUGGAUGCUCGUCGGAGACGUGCCGUGGGAGGACUUUAGCCAGUCGGCCAAACGCCUCAAGAUACUCAUGCAACCGACUACACAUGGCAUUACUGGUUGA